GAUUCUACUUUUGACAUUAAAUGGAGUGUUUUCAACAAAAUGCUCCUCAAAAUCUGGAUACCAUUUUUCGACAUCAGUGCUGUGGAACCAAAUGGAGAAAUUUGAUGUAGAUACCACGUGCCCGUGUGUUGCUAUGACAACCACUCUUCCUCAGUGUCACAUCCACCAUCUUAUUGUUCGACUUAACCACGUUAUAACAAGUUUACAGAGGGCAUACAAAUUAUUUCAAUCGACCAUAGCAUCCCCGCAUCCUUCUCCUUGUACCAACAUAGAACGCCACCACUCUGCAGCCCCCAGACGCCAUCCGGAGUUGACCGGAGUCCUGUUGGAAUCUUAUGAAACAAUUUCAAAAGUGACACUUGAUGUCGCAAUUGUUCAACAUCACAACAAUUCCAGAGUCAGAGACUUGCCGACAACAGACCUGGGGAGUGUCUUAUGCUACAUAAAACGGCUGUUGGUGACUACAGAUAUUCGUCCGUCGGUUACUACUCACACAGUGACCCUUGAACACAAGAACAUUGAACAGAUGGUUCCGUACACUUGCCAGACACUCAAAGACGCUUUCCAUGUUCUAAGACAAGUCAAGUCCGACAUUCUGGAAACGUUUUACAGUCGUUUUAGAUGAAUAUUUAAAUCUUUUUCAAAUGAAUUUAAUAUGUUAUGAAGUACUGAGACAAUAUAUUCAAUAUUAGGUGAUAACUUUAUUACUAUGAUAUUAAAGACUGAGAAUGCAUGAAUUGCUCAAUGUAUUGUUUUAAAUCUUUUUUUAAAUUAGUUGAUUUGGCAUGAAGAGUUGAGACAAUAUCGCGUUUUGAGAAUUCUUUUUGAUAAUGAUAAUAUUUGAUAUUCUUGAAAUGUAAUGCAUGGAUUACUCAAUGUAUUGUACAUGUGUAUAACUCUUAUUAUGAGCCAAAAUUCUGAGAUAUAAACGUCCUCUGAUUUUACUUUAAAAUGAUACUCUAGU